GGGGCGGAGCUGAGGCGGCGGCGGCUGAGGGGGCAGCGGUGGCGGCAGCUCUGGAGGCCGCAGUCCGGGUCCCGGCUUCGGCCCGCGCCGCACCAUGGUGACGUUUGCAGAGCUGCUGGUGCUGCUGGCCGCGCUGCUGGCCACGGCCUCGGGCUACUUCGUCAGCAUCGACGCGCACGCCGAGGAGUGCUUCUUCGAGCGGGUCACCUCGGGCACCAAGAUGGGCCUCAUCUUCGAGGUGGCGGAGGGCGGCUUCCUGGACAUCGACGUGGAGAUCACAGGACCAGAUAAUAAAGGAAUCUAUAAAGGAGACAGAGAGUCCAGCGGCAAGUACACAUUCGCAGCCCACAUGGAUGGGACAUACAAGUUCUGCUUCAGUAAUAGGAUGUCCACCAUGACUCCAAAGAUAGUAAUGUUCACCAUUGACAUUGGGGAGGCUCCCAAAGGACAAGAUAUGGAGACAGAAGCUCAUCAGAACAAGCUAGAAGAAAUGAUUAAUGAGCUGGCAGUGGCAAUGACAGCUGUGAAGCAUGAACAGGAGUACAUGGAAGUCCGGGAGAGAAUACACAGAGCCAUCAACGACAACACAAACAGCAGAGUGGUCCUUUGGUCCUUCUUCGAAGCUCUUGUUCUAGUUGCCAUGACAUUGGGACAGAUCUACUACCUGAAGAGAUUCUUUGAAGUCCGGAGGGUUGUUUAAAAGGCCUUUUCCUGUUGAUCCCAAAUUCACAAUUUACUUGUUUACCAAACUCAUUGGUCAUAAUAAUGUCAUUAGUUUAUACAUUUUUAUUUUCUGAAUGUUCAUGACUUCUGUUUCUUUGUGAUUAGUAGGUGUUGGGGAAACCCUGUUUAGGAAAGUUAGAGUGAAAAUUUGACAUUUGAUUGGCCUAUAAUUCUUAAUUGAAUGUUGCCCCAUUAUACAGGUCCUUCUAAGAGUUCAGAGGCUGUUAAUGCUGUCUUCAGACUAUGGGCUUUGUUAUGCUUUUACCUUCGGUUUUCAUAAUAAAAUGUACUCUGUCUAGGAGGUAGCUCAGCCUGACAAUGCUUUGUUACCUGACUGCAUCCUCAGAGUCCCUCAGAUGUGGUUCAUCAUCACAGGUUCAUUUUGUUGAGUCAUUACAGCAACAGCGAUCUGAAUCUUGACCCUUCUGGCCCUGUCUCAGGGCACAGUGACCUGAUGGGGUGCAUUAUGAGGAUGGGCACUCAUACUUUCUCUUGAGUUUGCUUUAAACUAAAGAUGCAUCCCAACACUUCCCCCUAAAGUUUUAUAUUGAAACUGAGAACUGAAUCACCUCUAUUCAAAUUGACACAAGCAGCUGAUAACUUAGAGGUCUAUUGAAGCCAGUUUCCCGGCUGUUGGAACAGACUGUUGUCCCUCUGUCCUGCAUAGUCUGUCCAUUGUUGGCACUUAGGAAGAGCAAAAUUACUCAUGUGGAAGCCUGCACUUCUCAGGCCAAAGGCUUAAGCCCCUUGGAUUGCUUGCAGUGACAGGCAGCCACUGUUGUCUUUUUAGUCAGUGGCCCUAGUCUUGAGUGUUAGCACUAGGGUUUGUUUGUCCUCUGGGAUCUUUCUUUUUUGGCACAUGUCAGUUUUGUUUAUAUAAAAUGAAGAGACUCUGAUGAUGGGUGUAAUGAAAUGCACUCUGCUUUCGGUGUGGGCGAUCCAGGAUUAUGUGGUGACUGAUGUCUGUUGGUUACCUGGAUAUUUUAUUUUUUCUUUUUGGAUCUUGCAAGGGGAAAACUACAAGUAACAAGUUUUAUAAAUUUAAUUUAAAUUUGUUACAGGUUUUCAUUUUUAGGAAAAAUAAUUUUUCAACCUUGGAUGAUAUCUUUGCAACAGUUUGUUGGGAAGGUGACUUUCACCAUAGGGCAGCUGUUGCAUGCCAAUAUUUUUUUUGUGUGUGUGUGUAAAAACACUCAGAAUUGAAUUAAAAGAUGUAAAUUUAAAAUUGGUUGUGUAUCUAAUAUGCCCCAGGUUCAGUAAAUAAACAAUUCUUUUUAAAAACA